GAAAUAUGCAAGGCUCUCGUUAUUACGUGGUUGUUACCUGUGCACUGCCUCCCUAUCGAACAACGAGCCACGAAUGUGUCACUGCAAAACCCUGACCUAUUCGCUUUUCAUCGAGCCAUGCUGGCCAUCGAUUCAACUUCAGGCCGCGAAACAAACAUGACUGACUUUGUGGCUAAUCAUUUACGCAGUCUGAACUGGACGGUUGAGCUUCAGGCAGUCCAUAACCCUACGCUAGAUCCUAAUAUUCGCCGUGAGAAUAUUUAUGCCUACUUGGGCUCAAAUCGCACCACAAGGCUCUUGAUCAACUCUCAUACAGACACCGUGCCUCCAUAUUACCCUCCCUCUGACGACGACGAGAACGUGUACGGUCGCGGUGCUAACGACGCAAAGGGUCAAAUUGCAGUACAACUGUUUGCGUUAGAAAGGCUGCGAAAAGAAAACAAGAUUAAAGAAGGAGACGUCGGUAUCUUGUGGGAUGUAGGCGAGGAAGAGUACGCUGAUGGCAUCAGAGCAGCAAAUUCCCUCAACAUCACGCCUAUCUGGUCUAUUACAGGCGAACCUACAGAAUCUUUCCAAGCAACUGGACACAAAGGAGGCUUCACGGUGUAUUUAAACUCAACUGGUAAAUCUGCCCAUUCGUCUGUGCCGCAACUUGGCCGCAACGCAAUUGUACAGCUUGUUGCAGCUUAUAACGAGGUGGUGCAGAAGAAGUUCUCAGCAAAUAGCUUUUGGGUCAAUACCACCAUUUCUUUAGACAAGAUUCAAGGUGGCCUAGUGCCAAAUCAAGUUCCUGACAAUGCCAUCGGCACUAUCAAUGUGAGAAACGCUGCCAAUGCCAGCUUGGUGUUAGAGGAGCUAACUGCGGCUUUUGACAAGAUACCUCACAUGUCUAUCAUCCGAAAUGCUUCUAUGAGCAAUCCUAUCAAGUUUGACGUGAUCAAAAACUGGAUGCCAGAGAAGGUUAUGCCCUAUGGCACUGACCUGGCAAGCUGGACCGGCAAAAACUACCGGUUUCUCAUCGGAGUUGGAUCAAUCACAACGGCUCAUACCGAUCACGAAGUGGUAUCCAAGGCAGAGAUGCUUCAAGGCGUUAAUUACUACGCAGAUUUUAUAACGGGACUUUUGAAUGGCACUUUUCAAGUUGACCAUGCUGGUACAUUUCCCAACAUCACUCCAUAAUACAGGUAGAACAGCUGCUGUUCUUUCACAAAUACUAUCAGAUUGUUUACGGAGCGUAAAAUAAAAAAUUUGCGACAUUACCGAAGUGCCGCCGCAGUCUAGAUUCGAAAACUUU